AUGCCCCCGAUCAUACAUUUUGUUCGUCAUGCUCAGGCGUACCAUAACCUGACGAUCAACAACUACAGCAUGCACGACCCCGACCUGACAGAGCUAGGCAAACAGCAGUGCUUCGACCUGCAACGCGCUUUCCCGCAUCACGACCGCGUCACCCACGUCGUUGCUUCGCCCAUUAAACGAGCCCUUUGGACUGCACUUCUCGGAUUCAGCUCUACCUUUGCGACCCGCGGCAUCAGACUCACCGCACUCCCGGAGCUCCAAGAGAAUACAGACCUGCCUUGCGAUACUGGUAGUGACAAGGAGGUCCUGGAGCGCGAAUUUGCGAAUCAACCAAUAGACCUCAGUUUAGUCCAAGAAGGGUGGAAUGACAAAAAGGGUCCAUGGGCGCCACAGUCCGAUGCAAUCUCGGAGCGCUGCAAAGCCGCUCGUGUCUGGCUGAGGGAGUUAGCUGGCGAGAAUGACCAAGUAGUAGUCGUAACUCACGGUAGCCUUCUGCAUACCUUGACAGAGGACUGGUCGGACUUUGACAAACACACCGGCACGGGAUGGGCCAACACAGAAUUUAGGAGCUAUACUUUCGUUCCUCACAGUAACGAUAAUGCAUCUCUUAUCGAGACCGAAGAGUCGCUCAAGCGCCGCCGAGCUACUCGAUUGACCAAGGAGGACCAACUACAACUGAAGGCAAAGGCAGAAAGAGAGUGGGCUGCGGCGGGAUGGCAACUCCCCGGGAAAAUUGUCGCAUGA